UCUUUUAAAUGGGUAUACACCUAAGCUUUAGAUGUGUUUAGGUGAAAAUUGCUUUCCUGACAUCAAUCCCUUGCCAAAGUGAUCUGAAAAAAUGACUAAAGGACCUUUCAAGACUUAUGACAAUUCCAUCCCAAUGACUGCUACAAGAUCAUAUGGCACCUAAACUUAGCUGGGAAAGUGUAAAUAGCUCACAACCAAAACUGUUAGAACCGAACAUGGAAGAUUAAUAACCAAAGGCUUAUUAUUGGGGGUAUAGUAAAUUUUUCAAUUUUUCCCCCCACUAAAUCUGAAAGGAUAAUAAGGAUCCUAGUAAUAUUUGGAAGUGCAAACUGAUUUCAAACACGAAAUUUUCCAUUGGCUUAGUCUUAUCAUCAGUCUGCUAACCAAUUUUCAUGAUAAGAGACCUCAAGAAAGCUAUUAUUCCAAACAAAAAAAAAAGGGCUAUUUUACUAAUAAUAUAAUAGUUAUAUACAUAAGUUACCAGUAGAAAAUGGUACAAAAAUAAUUCUCCUUUUCCAUCCCCAGGCAGUUCAAUUAUCCAGUUUAGUUCAUCAUAGGACCACAGAAUUCAUGGCUAGAUGGUCUUUCAAAGAAGCUUUGCGAUUAGUUUUUCUUGUGAUCGUAGUCCUCCAAAUAAACUUCCUUUCAACAGAGGUGGUAGCUCAAGAAACAGCAAAAAUCUCCACUUCAUGGAGAAACAAUAACCACUCUGUAGCCAAUGUUACCAGAGCCUUACUUUAUCCUUACUAUACUUUCAAUGAUUCAUCAGGGCCUUUUAUGCAAAUUAUUUUGUUAAAAGAGAUAAGGCCCCGGGUUGGUUAUGCUUGUGGUUUUGUCUCAAAUGGAACAGACGAUUCUUUUGUUUUCUCCAUCGGAAUCGUGCACUAUCGUACAGAUUUCGUUGGGGUUCAUUAUUGGUCUGAUCUUGAUGUAGUUUGGUUUGCAAACAGAAACAAACCUAUCCGUGAGAAUGGAACUCUACAGUUCCUCCCAGAUGGAAAUUUGAUCUUGAAAGAUGCAGAUGGAACUCUUGUAUGGUCUACCAGUACAUCUAAUAAGGGUGUUGUGGGCAUGAAGGUGAUGGAAACCGGUAAUCUGGUGCUUCAUGAUGGGAACAAUCAAACUGUUUGGCAGUCUUUUGAUCAUCCAACAGAUACACUUCUUCCAGGGCAGAAACUGGUGGAUGGUCAAACUCUUGUGGCUAGAUUAUCUGAAACUAGUUGGAACGAGGGCAAUUACUAUCUUUUGGUAAACCAUCAAGGUCUAUUUGCAUUUUACAAGUCUAACUCCCCGCAGAUGUACUUCAAUUUUUUUAUUCGUGGAGAAAGGGAAAGCAUUGAAACAAGCUAUGUUAAAGCAGUAAAUGGUACGCUUGCUCUAUACAUAUCUUCAGCUGAGCCAAAUGAACCAGAUGCAGUGUUUUCAAAGCCAUCCAGCAUGAAAUAUAUCAGAUAUGAUUAUGAUGGCCAUUUCAGAGUUUAUAAUGAGGAAAAUAGACCUGUUGAUCUCUUGGCAGAUUUUCUGAGCGAAUGUGAUUAUCCAACCGUUUGUGGCAGUUUGGCUCUAUGCUCGGGGGGGCAGUGCUCUUGUCCGUCAGGCUUUGAAAGAAGUGACAACCAAAACAACAGUGGCUGUGUGGAGAUAAAUCCCACAAAAUGUGAUGGUCCCCGUUCUCAUGGACUACUACAUCUUACAGAUGUAUAUUACUUCAAUUAUGUUGAUUCUGAUGCUGCAGUCUUGAAAGCGACAGAUAUUGAGAGCUGCAGGUGGUUAUGCUUGAGAAACUGCUCAUGCAAAGCAGUUCUCUUUCAGCAUUUUUUCAGUAACUUUUCAAGGGGAAACUGCUUCUUACCCUCCCCUGUUCUUUCACUAAUAAGUGAUGGAAAGCAAAGAAAUGAUUUUGAAUCAUCAGCAUUCAUCAAAAUUUCCAAUGACAUGUCAAAUACAUCGGGAUCUUCUGCAUCGUCCAAACGAAAAGGAAUUAUAGCUGGAUUGACUGCAGGAAUUUUCUGUUUGUCAGUAGUAAUCCUUGGCAUCUGCAUUGUGCGUAGGAAGAAGCAAAGUACUGAGGAAGACGUUGAGACUUACUGGGAACAGCUAUCUGGAAUGCCCGUGAGAUUUUCUUUUCAGGAGCUACAGGAUGCAACUGGAAAUUUCUCAAAAUUGCUGGGAGAAGGAGGAUUCGGCUCAGUUUUUGAAGGAGUUCUGAAAAAUGAAGAGAAAAUUGCCGUGAAGCAACCCAACAGUUUAGGGCAAGGGAAGAAGGAGUUCCUGGCUGAGGUCCAGACAAUUGGAAGCAUUCAUCAUAUCAAUCUUGUGAGACUGAUUGGAUUUUGCGUUGAAAACCAUCAUAGACUUUUAGUCUAUGAAUUUAUGAACAAUGGAUCACUUGACAAAUGGAUUUUUAGCAAGGAUUCUGUUCAACCUACUCUUGACUGGCUGAUAAGAAGGAAUAUCAUCCAUGAUAUAGCAAAAGGUCUGGCUUACCUUCAUGAAGAAUGCAGACAAAAAAUAGUCCAUCUAGAUAUCAAACCUCAGAACAUCCUGUUAGAUGAAAAUUUAUGUGCAAAGGUUUCUGAUUUUGGCUUGUCCAAGUCCAUUGAUAAGGAUCAGAAUCAAAUUGUGACUACAUUGAGGGGAACUCCUGGUUAUCUGGCACCAGAAUGGUUAAGCUCAUUUAUCACAGAAAAGGCAGAUGUCUAUAGUUUUGGAGUUGUUGUAAUGGAGAUCAUAUGUUUAAGGAAGAAUUUUGAUAUGUCAGAAUCUGAGGAUCGUGUACAUUUGCUUGAUCUGUUUAGGAGAAAGGACGAGGAAGAUAGGCUGAUUGAUAUAAUUGAAAGUAACGAUGAAGAUACUCGACUAAAUAUUUCAGACAUGAUUAGAACAAUGAAGCUUGCACUAUGGUGUUUACGAAGUGAUUUUACCCAGAGGCCAUCUAUGUCUGCUGCAGUUAAGGUCAUGGAGGGUACACUGGACCCCGAAAUUAACUUGGAACAUCAAACCUUGGACUUUAAUCCACUUGCAGCCAUCAGAAGAAAAUCUGAAUUUGAAACAACAGUAUCAGUUCCACCAUCAGUACUAUCAGGACCAAGGUGAACAAAAAAUGUUGCUUCAUCUGUUGCUUUACUUGGCCUUUCUUUUCAUGUUAGUUCGUAAACGUCUAUUUCUUUGUUCUCCUUACCAUGUCAUUGAUGGUUUAUAUUAUGUUAAUUGAGGUAAAGUACAACUUGUCAGAGUAAUGUAAAGUAUGUACAGUUUUGUAACAUUCUGUAUUAUGCUUACCACCUACAAAGGUUUCCAUUUGUUAGCAUUAAUAAAUGACUACCUAAUGACACCACAUGUACCUAUAUUGUUUCCAUUUUCUCAUGCUUAAUCAAAAUUCUUGCCAGUAU